CAUGUUGUUGCUGUUGCACACUGAGCUGUCAGCAACAGGUUACUUUGAGGAGCGACGCUGCUAAACUUUAACAUUUCUCCCACACAUUCUGCUCUCUUCGGAUUAUAAACCUUUGCAGUGUGUCUGGGAACAAGUCCCGAAGUGGCGGAUGAUAGCUUUAGGGCCACCGGAAGCUCGGAAGUUGGUGUUUUUCUGGUCGUUGUGAGAGAGCCUCUCCUCCCUCGCUCCUCUCAGUGACACCCCUGUCCUGUCCUCGCUGCAGUAUUGACUGAUGACUGGGCUGUGACUGUGUGUUUUGCAGAUGGCUGCGAGCGGUAGCUGAGGACGCCGUCAGGAUUUCCCCCCCCUCCUCUGCUUUUUCCACCUGCAAAUAUGAAUGGUGGUCCAAGUGUGUGGGCGAUCUCUCCGGAGGAGAGGCUCAAACAUGAUCAGAAGUUUGACACCCUCUCCCCAUCAAUGGGCUUUGUCUCAGGGGAGCAGGCCAGGAAGUUUUUACUCCAAUCAGGGCUUCCUGCUUCAGUGUUGGCUCAAAUAUGGUCCCUGGCUGACAUGAAUAAAGAUGGGAAGAUGGACCGGUUGGAGUUUUCCAUCGCCAUGAAGCUCAUAAAGCUAAAACUCCAGGGAACACUGCUUCCCUCAGCUCUGCCAAUCAUCAUGAAGCAGCCUCCAGUGCCCGCCCCCACCCUCAACCACCGCACCCCAGUCCUGACCAACCCAGCCUACGGAAUGGUUUCUGGUUCCAACAUGAUGCCCGGGACAAACCUUGCCAUGUUGAACCCUAUCUCCAUGGCAACUCCUGGACUCUCACACUUGACACCAAUGACAGGCCUCGCCCCGUUUGUUCCUACGGCAACAGGACUGAACCCUUUAAUAGCCCCCUCCAGGCCCCUGAUACCCACCAUGGGAAACGGCACCAUGGGACUUCUGCAACCAAUCCCAUCUGGAGCCAUGGCUGCUGGCUUACCUCGCUCUGCAUCCCCCUACUCAUCUCCGCUUGGACUCUCUUCUGGUUUAAACAUGGGCUCGCCGCUGCUGGACCUAGGAUCCAACAGCUCUGCUUCCUCGUCCCCCUCUGUGAUGUCCCCCAUGGGUCCUGUUCCCAGCGACUGGGCUGUGCCUCAUGCCUCCAGACUCAAAUACAGGCAGCAAUUUAACAGCUUGGAUAAGCAGAUGACAGGAUACCUCAGUGGUCAACAGGUGAGAGGUGCCAUGGCAACCACGAUGCUGACUCAGAUACAGCUGGCUUCCAUCUGGACUUUAGCUGAUGUGGAUAAGGACGGUAAGCUGAAAGCGGAGGAGUUCAUUCUGGCAAUGCAUCUCGUGGACAUGGCCAAGUAUGGACAACCACUGCCGCUGACACUGCCGACUGAACUGGUACCACCCUCACAGAGGGGAGCAGUGAAUGGAUCCAGCUCCUCUCCCUAUGCGUCGCUGACUGAUGACUUUGACAUAGAGCCUCCACAGAAAACCAAACCAAACAUGUCGUUCGAGGAUAAAUUCAAAGCCAACCUGGAGCGAGGGAACGCCGAACUGGAGAAAAGACGUCAGACGCUGCUGGAGGCAGAGAGGAGAGAGAGGGAGCGUCGUGCCCAGAAGGAGAGAGAGGAGCGAGAGAUGAGAGAGAAGGAGGCUCGGGAGGCCGAAGAGAGGAGGAGGAAAGAAGAGGAAAGGAGGCUGGAGCGGCAGAGGGAGCUGGAGAGGCAGAAAGAGGAAGAGCGACAGAGAGAGAUCGAGAGAAAAGAGGCUGCACAGCGGGAGCUCGAGCGUCAGAGGAAGGAGGAUUUGGAGAGGAGGCGGCGAGGAGAGCUCAAGAUAAAAAAGGAGCAGGAGCAGGAUGAUAUCAUCAGACUGAAAGCUAAGAAAAAGAGUCUAGAGAUGGAGCUGGAGGCUGUGGGUAACAAACAUCGUCAGAUCUCAGACCGGCUACGUGACUUUCACAACAAAAAGAAGCUUAAGAACACAGAGCUGGAUCUGACAAAUCAGAGGAAAGAGACCUGCCACCAGGACAUCAACAUGCUGCAGAAACAAUUGGAGGAGUUCCAGAGGAAGUUGUCCCAGCUGACUCCAGAGCAGAGGAGACUGACGGAGAAACUCAGAAACAUGUCCUUGAACAACCUGCCUGCAUCCACCGUAUCAGCGCUGACUGUGGGUGUUACGGAGAAAAAAGGGACGUGCUUGAAAAUGCGAGAGCAGCUUGGAGCUCUGGAGAAAGAGACGGCUGCAAAACUGUCUGAGAUGGACCAGUACAACAAAGAUAUGCAGGAACUGAGAGAGAGCCAGAGAAAACAGCAGGGAGCACUUGAGAAGCUACGGAGCAUCAAAGAAGACAAACGGCGUGAACUGAGUCGAAGGAAGGAGGAGGAGGAGGCGAGGAAGAGGAAAGAAGAGGAGAAGAAACAACAGGAGGAGGAAAGGAGGCGGAGGGAGGAGGAAGAAGCUCAGAGGCGAAUUAAGAUGGAAAAAGAGCGCCAAUGGCAGGAGAAGCUGAAGAAGGACGAAGAGGAGCGUCAGAGGAGGAUUCAGGAGGAGAAGGAGGCCAAACUGAGGGAGGAGGAGGAGAGAGAGAGAAAGACCAUCAUCCAGGCCGCCAAGGAGCAGGCCGAACGAGAGCUCAGAGCAAAGGAAGAGGCUGAGCGCAAGAGACGAGAGCUGGAGGAGAGGAAAAAAAGAGAGGAAGAGGAUCGCAUUAAGCAAGCAGAGAGAAGGAGGCAGGAGGAGGACAGGAGGAAGCUAGAGGACGAGCGGAGGCUCCUAGAGGAAGAAAGGAGGAAACUGGAGGAGGAGAGGAGGAAAGAGGAGCAAAGACGUAAAGAAGAGGAGGAGCGACGCCACAGGGAGGAAGAGCGGAAGAGGUUAGAGGAGGAGAGGAGAGAGGUGGAGAGGAGAAGAGAGAAAGAUGAGGAAGAGAAGAGGAGACAGAGAGCUGCUGUGGCUGCUGUCCGAGAUGCUGAGGAGAGGAGAAAGCGAGAGGAUGAGGAGAGAAAGAAGAGAGAGGACGAGGAGAGGAGAAAGAAAGAUGAAGACAGGAGGAGGCUUCAGCAGCAAGAGGAGGAAAGGAAGAAGCGUGAGGAGGACAGAAAGAGGAUCGAAGAGGAGAGAAGGCGAAAAGAGGAGGAAGAGGAAAGAAGGAAAGCCGAGGAGACGAGGAAGCGGAAGGAGGAGGUGUCCCGUCAGCAGCAGCAGGCGAGCGGAGUAGGAAAGGUGGACAUUCAGGAGAAACUGACGGCUCUGUUGAGAGGACUGGAGGAGAGGAAGGGUGGACAACCCAGAGCAACACAUCACAGGAAGUCGGCUGCUCUAACCUCCUUCAAAGCUCUGUACCCGUUCACUGCCCGAAACAACGAAGAGCUCAACUUCAAUGCAGAGGAUAUCAUCGAGGUGGAUGAGACGACGGAGCGGGAGGAGGGCUGGCUGUACGGCAGCAAACAGGGGAAGAUGGGCUGGUUCCCAGAAAGCUACGUGGAGAGGGUUCCCCCAUCAGAUACAACUAACCAUGUUACGGCUGCUGCUGCUGCUGCUCCUGCUCCUAAGUUGGCGCUCCAGUCACAACUUUCCAAUGCGCUAGAGGCUGUCAAGGCAGCAGGAUCAAAGUCUGCCUUUACACCAACACACUCACCGAACCCUGCGCCCUCUGACACACAAGGACAGCAGGUGGUGGGGAACCUGUUGGCUCAGGCUCUGUGUUCGUGGACAGCAAAGACAGAAAACCAUCUGAACUUCAACAAGGACGAUGUGAUUCAGGUGUUGGAGCAGCAGGAGAACUGGUGGCUCGGAGAGCUGAACAGUGAACAGGGCUGGUUCCCUAAAACAUACGUCACCCUGCUGGGAGAAGCCGAGAGUUUAGACAUGAAGGGCUCCCCUCCGGAUGCUUCCGAGUCGAGCGACAGCCUGCAGCUUGACGAAUACACAGCGUUGUACACCUAUGAGUCUCCGGAGCCGGGGGAUCUGACCUUCAGAGAGGGAGACUUGAUCCUGGUGAGCAAGAAGGACGGAGAGUGGUGGCACGGCUCGAUAGGAGGCAGCUCCGGCGUCUUCCCCAGCAACUACGUCAAACCGAAAGAGAUCGAUACAUCCAGUUUAUCUGCAAAGAAGAAGCCAGAGAUCGCCCAGGUGAUGAAGGCCCAUCCCUCCACUGGCCCUGAACAACUGAAUCUGGAAAAUGGCCAACUCAUCCUGAUCCUCGGCAAGAACGCCACUGGCUGGUGGCUCGGAGAGCUGCAGGCCCGUGGAAAAAAGCGUCAGAAGGGCUGGUUUCCUUCCUCCAAUGUCAAAGUAUUGGGAUCCUCCAGCGGCAAGUCUACACCAGCACCCCAACCAGUCUGUCAGGUGAUAGCCAUAUACGACUACACAGCCGCCAACGGGGAUGAGAUGAGCUUUUCUAAAGGUCAGCUGAUCAACGUGUUUGACAAAAACAACCCUGAUUGGUGGAGAGGAGAUAUCAAUGGCGUCAGUGGUCUGUUCCCCACCAAUUACGUUAAGAUGACCACUGCCGAAUGUGACCCCAGCUCGCAGUGGUGUGCGGACUUGAACAGCCUGGACUCUCUGAGCUCACAGGAGAAGAAGAGACAGGGUUACAUCCACGAGCUGAUCCAGACAGAGGAGAGAUAUGUGGACGACUUGCUGAUAGUGAUGGAGGUUUUCCAAAAGCCUAUGUUAGAGUCCGGCAGGCUGAAUACGGAAGAGAUGAAGAUGAUCUUCGUCAACUGGGAUGAACUGCUGACCUGCAACACUAAACUUCUCAAGGCGCUACGUGUGCGUAAGAAGAUGGGCGGGGAGAACAUGCCGGUGCAGAUGAUUGGAGAUAUCCUGACCGCGGAGCUGUCCCACAUGCAGCCCUACAUCCGCUUCUGUUCCUGCCAGAUCAACGGAGCAACGCUGCUACAGACACGCAUCGACAACGAGCCGAACUUCAAGGACUUCCUUAAGAAAAUUGCUACAGACUACAGAUGUAAAGGCAUGCCGCUGUCAAGCUUCCUGCUGAAACCCAUGCAGAGGAUCACACGCUACCCACUGCACAUCAAACACAUCCUUGAGAGCACCACAGAGGGCCAUUCUGACCGAGGUCCUCUGAAAGAGGCUCUGGAGAGGGCGGAGGAGCUCUGUCAACAGGUAAAUGAGGGCGUGAGAGAAAAGGAGAACUCGGACAGACUGGAAUGGAUUCAGACCCACGUACAGUGUGACGGCGUUGCAGAGAACCUCGUCUUUAACUCGCUCACCAACUGUUUGGGCCCCAGGAAACUGCUCCACAGCGGCAAGAUGAACAAGGUAAAGAGCAACAAGGAACUCUGGGCUUUCCUCUUUAAUGACUUCCUGCUUUUGACUCACGCGGCUAAGCAGUUCACAUCGUCUGGGCCCGAUAGGCUGUUCAGCAACAAGAACAACGUACAGCUCAAGAUGUACAAGCCGCCUGUGCUGCUAAAUGAAGUUCUGGUGAAGCUGCCAGAUCCCUCCAGCGACGAUCCAACCUUCCACAUCUCACACAUCGACAAAGUCUAUAUACUCAGGACCGACAACAUCAAUGAACGGACGGCUUGGGUUCAGAAAAUCAAGGCUGCAUCUGAAGAAUUCUUUGAGACAGAAAAGAAAAAAAGGGAAAAGGCCUAUCAAGCACGAUCUGUGAAGGCCAGUGGAAUAGGGAGACUCCUCGUCACCAUCUUGGAGGCCACUGAACUGAAGCCAGCCAAACCUAACGGUAAAAGCAACCCUUACUGUGAAGUGACCAUGGGAGCUCAGAUCUUCACGUCCAGGACGCUCAACGACACACUGAACCCAAAGUGGAACUUCAACUGUCAGUUCCACAUCAAAGACCUGUACCAGGACGUCCUGUGCAUCACCAUCUUUGAAAGGGACCAGUUCUCACCUGACGACUUUCUGGGUCGGACAGAGGUUCCUGUAGCCACCAUAAAGAAAGAGUUGGAAAACAAGGGACCGGUGACGCGUCGUCUCCUGCUGCACGAGGUUCCUACAGGGGAAGUGUGGGUCCGCCUCGACCUGCAGCUCUUCGCCAACAAAUAGACUCUUAUAUUUAUAGGAUGAACUGAAAUAAUAAUGAAGUCUUCUACAGAGACGACAACAUAAGGAUAUGUUAAUCCUGCAGUGUAACCAAAAGAGAAAGGCUACUUCUUUCUCACCUAAACAAUCUCAGAUGGUUGCCCCCCCCCCCCAUAUAUCAAACAACACUCUCCUGAACAUGCAUCACGUCUUAAUAUUUUAAUAAUAACCAGCACUAAUAAUACCUCUUCUGAUGUCAUCUGGAUCUGCCAGUAGGGGAUCAGGCUCAGAGUGACAUCAUUUGGACCCACCAAUAAGAGACAGAUAUUUUUUCCUGUCUCAUGAUCUCAAAUAGAAAGUGUAGCAGGACUAAUGCAGCAGUUUACGCCUGAGCAGUAUGUACUGUACACUCUGAAGGAGGGAAAAGGAACAACUGCAGCAUGGCUUCUUAAACAUGGCAGACAGUGUGGCAUGAAGCUGAAGCUGUAAUAAUGUAUAGCGUGGCUGUUAAAAAACAAAGUCAAAAUAUUAUUAAAUCAGCAAAACUUUACUUAUAUCUCUUAAAGGGAUAGUCUGAAUGUCUCGAAGUUGAGUUGUAUGUUAUCUAUAUCAGUGUAUAACAUACUGUAGAUGGUGGUCGGCACAUACACAGUGUGGAGAAGCGUACAUGAGUUACAGGACAGAAGCAAAGUAUUAUUACGCUGUGGGCAGAUGAACAAAAUGAGUUUUAGUCACCAAGGCAAAUAUAGCUGCUUGAGUUCCCUGUCAGAAAGGGCUUUCUUGCAGCAAGGUAAAAUGGUUUCAAUAUUAAAACAAUAGCAUCAACUUAAGCAGAAGUUUACUUUUUCAAGGUGUCUAAAUUAUGUUAAGUUGCUGCCCCAGUUCAUUGCUUUAUUUCAGUGUUGUAGCUCCUGUCUGCUUUUUCACUCCAGUGUAGAUAAUACACAGCCCAUGGAUAAGAAGCUCAUACAACCCAAAUUAAAAAACAUCUCAGAUACAGAAAUUAGAUUUGACACUUUGCCAAGUCUGGUCAACCACGGCCAUGUAAGGAGUGUUUUCUCUUAAUUUACAAGACAUGUUUAUGUUGAAUCCUUUAUUCUCAGAUCAGAUCAUAACUGCAGUUUUCAAGAGACUCUGCUCUUUGAUCUGUAAAAUCUUCUCACAGUAAAAUUACUCCCGCGGAUUACGGACAGCAGCUGGGUAGCUCUGAUCUGAAGUCAGUUUAUCGCCGCAGAUGGAAGAUCUCAGGAUACGUUGUUCUGGGGUUAAUAUUUUUCACUGUUUGUGUCUUUGGAGUGUUAAAAUUAAGGUGAGAUAUAGCAAUAUACAAGUAACUUCAGCUGAGGGCUCCCAUUAUUUGGGAUUAUGUGGGUUUUGAUUGUGGUCGAAUUAAUUAAUUGCUUCUUUUGUGUGCAAAAUCAGCAAAGGCCAAGUAUAGUGUGAAGGAUUUAGGUGACAUAAUGACGCGGAGUCCGCCUUUUCACUGUAGAGGUUUUUGAGGAUGUCAGUGUUUUUUCUUUUGAUGUAAGACAGAUUGUCAGCAAUAACAACCAUUAUUUACUCAUUUUAUUAUUUUAGUUCUUAACAUUUCCACCCUGCCACUCAUUUUUUUAGGCAUCAUCCUUUAGCAACCGCCUCCUUGACACCAAUUCUUUUCUCAAAAUCAUCCCCCUUGGAAAGGUUAAAAGGAUGUAGUUUGUAAAAGCUUUUUAUUUAUGUUGAAGGAGGGAUUUUUCGGUGUCUUCUGCCCUGUUUUUGUUCCUUUGUCCUUUGCCUCCAGUCCCUUUUCUAACUCUGAGCUCCUGCUGGUGCUCUGGAUAAUAACAAGAGAAGUGCUGUAUUUAUUUCUUAAUUUAUGCGUGUAUGACUAUCCAAAGGUUAGGAGCGGCUUUGCUUGCUGUGUCAUAUUGGAUAAUCAGUUGUUCUCAACUGAGUUUGUUUUGUGUGAUGUCAAAUAUUAAAGUUGUGUUCAUGUUGAUACUGUUUUAAAAGACAAUAUAGCAUCUUGGAUGAUUCUCUGGAUGGGUUUUACUGUAAGGAGUCUAGUUCAUUGGUCCUUUUGUUAGGCCUGCAGGUUUGUUAUAUAUUAUUCAAUCCUAAAUACAGUUUUUAAAUCCUUUAUUAACUUUGAUGUUGAUUUGAAUCUGUGGAAGACGUGCAAAUAGACUGGACUGGUCUGUGUAGAAGUUUGUCUUUAUUUACUUUUUAUUUUACGCAGCCUUCUGCAUUGCCUGCUGCUGUGCUAACUGAGUUUUGAGGCUUCUCUAACCCAGAUUGUCUCUAACCUGCUGUUUGUACUCACUUCGGCCUACACGUGGCGCUCUCUGAAUCAGGGUUUCUCAAGUCAAAUUAAAGACAUUAAAAAGUAAACAAA